CGGGCUGACGGCGCGGAAAGCGAAGCGAAACGGUUCAAGGGCGAUGACUUGACUGAGGCGAUUCUGUCUGGGCCCAAGGCGCCACCUCAGACGCGCAACUCGAAGAAGAGAGGUAAACGCACGCGCGCGGGUCGAGCAGAGAACUUGCGGGAACCACACCCUGCGACCACUUACAAAGCUCCUCCUGUCGAGCUCGUCACCGUCAGUUCGAACUGGAUGGCUGCCCUCUCCGAUGUGUCUCCAUUGCUAUUCCCUCCGCCCGUCGCCCUCGAGUACUACUUCCCACCGCCCUUCGUCAUUUUCCAGGCUAGCACUCACAAAGCACGUUACCUCCAUAACUUCACCCGCAUCCGUGAGUAUUGCCGGCACCGUCUCGUGGACUCCGCAAUCAAUGACACGCCAUUACGCAUCGCCGAUUGGCGUCAUGCUCUCUAUGGCGAUUAUCGUGUCGACGAGCCUGGCGAGACCGACAACACUGCCAGUGGCGUUGGACCACCGCGGAACGACAACCCAUCGGAGGCACAGAAGCGCAAAUAUCUCUACGAGCGUUCACAGUGCCUACGUCGCCUGUUCGCCAAAGGAGGAUCUCUUAUGUCGUACAACGAAGUAGACGUGUCGUGGUAUCGCGGGAUGAAAGUCAGCGUCGAGGUGGCGAAAACUAACCAGUGGUUCCAGAAGCUGGUGCUUUGGGAGCUCUACGAAACGAACUGGCGUUGCGAGUUGCGCGCCCUCGACAGCCUCCUCGUCAACCAUUCGGACGACGCCUUUCGCCAGUGGGAACGUGCACAACGUGUUGCUGAAGUGUGGCGCUCGUCGGUUCAUCAAACCGCGUUCUCGGUUGUUGAUGUCUCAUCUCCCGCCUUCUGUUGGACACCGGCAGGCGACGAAGGUUGGCGGGGUCGGCGAGCGAACCUUCAGGCGUUAUUGCGGGUCAUGAGUGCGUGGCCACAGGUCCCCGAGAUGGUGCGAGCAAACGCGACCACUAUCGGGGAAUGCGACGACCCGGAGCACUUCGACGCGGUCGAAGCCACUGCGCUCAAGUUCUACGUCAAAGUAUUCGCAUCUAAGUUUUACCGUCUGCCAUGUCCCCCUGUACAGCUCGUCUCUCGCGCGUAGUGUACCCUCUGUGUUCCAUGCUGUGUAUUCUCACCAAUUUAUUACCUCGCAUUGCCUUGCGACACCACUCAUGUGCUCUUUGUCCUAGCCCCUGUCCCUGUGUGGCUUUGUUCGAACCACGCUCUGAACCCACCGGUGGUAAACUA